AUGGAGUACCUCGAUGUACCACACAUUGCAAUAUCAAUGUCCAAGCAAAUCCCACUGGUUAAGAUGGUCGGACACAGUCGUCCAUUAUUCAAGAAACUCAAACAUCUCUAUACAACACAACUCAGAAGCCGCGAUCACCACUACAAACAGAAACAUAUAAUCAAACAUGCCGCGCGCCAAGAUCAAGAGAAGCAUAUUGAAGUCAACUGUCCCAGACUACCACAGCUGAUCAUCAACAAGAUUGUAGCUUUGGCAUUGAGGUAUAUCCCAAAUUGGUCUCCUAAGUGGGUCUCUAUCUUGGCAAGAGUGAGCACUCACUUCCACAAGGCAUGCUCACUGGCACUCACACAUCUCCCAAUGCCGAGCAUACAUAUCCGAUCACCAGUGAAGCAUAUUGGUUCACAGUUCUGUCUUUUCAAGGACACACCUCUCCAUCUCAAGGCAACGGAGAUUGUGCACAUUCCCGACAAGGACAUAGCACGUUGCAUUGAUCGAUUGGAGCAGCUUACAGUGCCAUUCUAUGUGAAAUCACAGAGAUUCAUUCAUAUCAAAGCACCUCAUCUCAAACAUAUCCGACUUGUUGAGAAACUUGGCUACAACGAAGAUGAAGAUACCCUAACAUUGAUAUACAAGAUCGAGGAAGAAGAACCAUAUCAUGACAGUGCUAAUGAUGGGUAUGGUGCAUACAGGGAUCAUCUGGAUAUUUGUUGGAUGAAUCAGCCUCCUCACGAUGCUGAUAUAGAAUAUGACGUUAUCUAA